AUGAUCCCGCUAAAAUUUGUGAAAUCUGUGGCUAAACCCAAGAAUUCAGCAACUUCUCCGCAUUUGACUAGUAGGAAUUUUAGUACAACAAAUGUGGACGUCUUUAUAGUAGGCGGUGGAGUGUCUGGUACCGCGCUAUUCUACACACUAUCUAAGUUUACAAAUGUGAGAAGGAUUGUGCUUUGUGAAAGACGAUCGGAUUAUGGAUUGGUUGCUUCCCAUGCCAAAAACAAUAGCCAAACCAUCCAUUGUGGGGACAUUGAAACCAAUUACACUCCAGAAACAGCGAUUAAGGUCAAAAGGUGCGCUGAUAUGCUGAGAAAUUAUUUAACCAAGCUACCACCAUCAGAAGCUCAACGAAUUUGUCAAAUAGGUCAGAAGAUGGUUUUGGGGGUGGGAGAUAGGGAGUGUCAAUUCCUUAGUGAUAGAUAUAAGCCUUUUAAGGAGAUAUUUCCCACGCUUGAGUACUUGGAUAAGGAACAAAUCAGAAAUGUCGAACCGAAUGUUGUUAAGGGUCGAUGGAGGUCAGAACGGCCAGAACAGCUUAACGCCUUAUAUGUAGCUAACGAACAUACAACUGCUGAAUAUGGGCUACUUAGCAGAUCAUUUAUCAAAUCUUCCAUGUCACUAAAUGAUCCAUAUAAAUCCAUUCAGCCCCUCCUCAAUACUACACUCAAAAGGGUGAAGCCCCUUGACGAUGGUACUUAUCAUGUCAUAACUUCUGCUGGUAAUUUCAAUGCCAAAUUUGUCGUGUUCAGUGCAUGUGGAUACUCGCUUUAUUUUGCACAUCAAUUGGGCUAUGGAUUGGAGUAUAGCGUAUUGCCUGUGGCUGGCAGCUUUUAUUUUGCCCCAAAUGUUCUAAAGGGUAAAGUUUACACUGUGCAAAAUCCAGUGCUCCCGUUUAGUGCGAUUCAUGGAGAUCCAGAUAUCUUACUAUCCGAUAAGUGCCGGUUUGGACCAACUGCAGUACCCUUGCCAUUUUUAGAAAGGUACAACUAUUGGAGCCUCUUUGCAUUCCUAAGGGUACUAAAGAUAGAUCGCAAUGUGAUGUGUGUUUAUAAGGAUUUGUUCACUAAGCCCGAAAUUCUGAGAUAUAUGAUUAAGAACUUCUUUUUUGAGAUUCCCAUCAUUUCUCGUAUUCUUUUCUUGAAGGAUGCAAGGAAGAUAGUACCUAGUCUAAGCUUCAGGGACCUGGAAUAUUCCAAGGGGUUUGGGGGUGUUAGGCCACAGCUGAUAGACAAGAAUCAGAGGAAACUUUUGUUUGGUCAGACAAAAAUAUCAGCCAAUACGGGGCUAAUAUUCAAUGUAACUGCAUCACCUGGUGCCACAACUUGUUUGUCAAACGCUGAAAUUGACAUGAGACAGAUCUGUGAGUAUUUGGAUGCGAAACUGGACGAGGCAUCUUUUAAGAAGGAAUUGUUGCAGGGGGAUUAUCCUAUUUUAUAA